AUGCUUCCUUGAGCGUCAAGCGAUCUGUCCUCCUUGCCAGUUUGUGUUUAUGAAUUUACCUAUACCCGGGAAGAAAUUCAACUGUAUCAACCAUUCUUGGUCAGCGAACAUUUAGACAAAGAGCAUGAAAUUAACACGGAAAUAGUAUUUUUGGCGGCGAACAGCGCGUGGGACAAUCCUACCUAUUGACCAAUCGGCGCGCGUCUGAGGUCAUCGCGUGCAGACAUUUUCAUUCAUGUGUGUAGUUACACACGAAGCCCACUAAAAACUACGGAUUCGGUCCCACGUGGAUACCUCAUCUUUCACGGGGCGGUUUAUCUUCAGUGAUAUAACGAAGAGUUGAGCUGAGGAAGAAAUUCAAGAUGGCCAGGAACCACUCUGCAACCAGUGAAUCUAUGAAGCCACUGAUGAACACACACAAUGAUUCAGCUCUCGGCUUCAUCACUGAUGAUGACCCCCCAACCUACAAGGAAACAACGCUGACGUCAACACCCAUGAAAGGCUCCGAAUCUGUCAAGAUAGCCAUUGAGGAUACACAGAGUUCGUCCUCAGCCAGCAUGGACUCGGGCUCCAGCAGCCUCAUCUCCAACCUGACGCUCCUCCACUCCAAGAUGGAGGACUUCUUCAAGGAGAAGCAGAAGAUCUUCGUGAAAGGCCUACUGGUUGUACUGGCAGUCGCCUACCUGGCCUACUUCAUAUAUGCACUGUACCUGCACGCCACCCGUCAAUGCGAGACCAGCGCUGUCCCUCUCAUCGUUGUCACCAUCAUCGCUCUAGUCUUCAUCGUCUUCAGAAACAUCAACAACAUGUUUGGUGACAACAUUAGAAAGUUCAUGAAAGUCAUUCAGUCUGCCAUCAAGAGUAAAUGGCACAUUCUAAAAUGGGUUGCUUUGUUCUUGGUGUAUGGCGGCAUGCUUGCACUGAUCAUCUACACCGUGUGGGAGGUCCCUAGCAACCUGGUGUCCCUCGCCGGCAUCAUCACCUUCAUCAUCGUCCUCUUUCUCUUGUCCUCCAGCCCCACACAGGUGCGAUGGCGGCCGGUGCUCGGCGGGUUCACGCUUCAGUUUUACUUUGCUGUGCUAAUCCUGAAGUGGGAUAUCGGCUACAGGGUGUUCUACUUUCUUGGGAAGGAGAUUCAGAAGUUCCUGGCAUUUACCGAUUUCGGUUCCAAAUUUGUCUUCGGAGAUAAAUACACUGACCACAUCUUUGCUAUGAAGGUGCUUCCGGUGAUCAUCUUCUUCAGCUGCUUCAUCUCUAUCCUGUACUACCUCGGCACCAUGCAGUUCAUCAUCGGCAACAUCGCCUUCGUGAUGAAGAGCUUGCUGGGUACAACGGCUGCCGAGAGUCUGUGUGCCGCUGGCAACAUCUUCGUCGGCCAGACGGAGGCUCCCAUCUUAAUCAGACCGUACCUGAACGUGAUGACUCGUUCGGAGCUGCACGCCGUCAUGGUGGGAGGUUUUGCCACUAUUGCUGGGGGUGUGCUGGCUGCCUAUGUGUCGUUUGGUGUUCCUGCAGAACACCUGUUGUGUGCGAGUGUGAUGAACGCCCCCUGUGCCCUGGCCGUGUCCAAACUGCUCCACCCAGAGACGGAGACUAGCAAGCUGGAGGACAUCGAUGACUUGGAGCAAGAGGACGAUGACAACAAACCUCGCAACUUCCUUGAGGCUGCAGCUGCUGGGGCAUCCACCUCCAUCUGCCUCGUCGCCAACAUCGCCGCCAACCUCAUCGCCUUCUUGGCUCUGCUUGCCUUUGUCAAUGCAGUCCUGUCCUGGUUUGGGGCCUUCGUCUGCUUCCCACAGCUCUCGUUUGAGAAAAUCUGUUCCUAUGUCUUUAUGCCCGUGGCGUACCUGAUGGGGGUGGAGUGGAAGGACGCAGGGGUGGUGGGCGAACUAGUCGGCAUCAAGACUUUCCUCAAUGAGUUUGUGGCCUAUAAGGAGCUAGCCAAGUUCAUCACCAACCGUGAAGAAUGCAAGGAUGGAACUACCAUCUCCCGGCGGUCUGAGAUUAUGGCCACGUACGCACUGUGUGGCUUCUCCAACCUGAGCUCCAUCGGCAUCCAACUGGGUGGCCUUGGACCAAUGGCACCCAAACGUGUGAAAGACUUGGCCCAGAUUGUCAUCCGUGCACUGUUUGGAGGAAUUGUGGCAUGUCUCAUGACAGCCUCCAUUGCAGGUCUACUGAUGGCGGACCACUCCGCAUCAUCCAUCCCCUGCAUCAACAACGCAACAGCGAUUAACAUCACAUCGAACUCCGUCCUCAACGACACAUCAUAUUCCGUGCUCAAUGACACUGUACCCAUGGUGUUCAACAUGACACUAUCUUAGUGUUGCCAGGGAACCAAUAUAUAGCAUCUUUGACUGCCAAAUUGGUUCCUUUGGAAGAAAUGAAAGAGGUGUGUGUUUGAAAUGUGUGAAGUGUGUUUGUAAAGGAUGAUGUCUUGAUAGGGACCACAAACAAAGCAUUUAAUGUAUUCAAGGAGUUUGUGGAACAAUAAUGAAACUCCUCUAAAUUUUCAAUAAAAUGAGCCCUCUUAGUUUUGUGAGGCAUUCAAGGUAUUUUGCAUCCAAAUGUAUAAAAAGUAUACUACUCAAAAGAAAGUCAAAGAACACCCAAUUUUCAUAUUACUAUAGUUAAUCUCUCAUGACAACAACUAGUCAUAUGAAAGAAUCAGGUGUUCUUUAACUUCUUUUGAGUAGUAUAUUUUAAACAUGUCGUUUACAUUAUACAAAAAAUAAGCCCACUGAAUUUGGUAAGAACUACAGACAAGGUCGUUGUAUUAUACAUUGUUAUGGAUUGGUUAUAUAUAUUCAUGAAUACAGUUUCUCUAUGUUGCAAGGGGACUGUAUUCCAUGGGCGAAGGAUCUCAUUGUAACCUCCAUUGCAAUACUAGUGCUACAAGUUCAUAAUAAUUAUAAUAAUACACCAUCUUCCUGCUUCCAAAUAUUUUUAAUCAAAAUCAUAACCAAGACUUGUAAAUCAAACCUGCCUUGUCCUUCAGCAUAAUGUGUAGUAACAUGUGACAAGCAAGCAUAAAUACACUUAACACACUUAUUAGUAGACUCGGCUCCUUGUUAAUGCUAUUGUCAGAGUAAUCAUUAUGUUUAGUAACCAGGUGCUAGUAAGAAUGAAUAUUGAGUUUCCCUCUUGUGGUACUAUUUAAUGACCACGAAACUGUCAGAUGUGCUGAGUCAGCAACAGCUGUGUGCGACAGCUGGCCUGUAUACCGGUGCUCUGAGUGUAUCGAUGCGAUCAAAUUACAAGAUACUGCAUCUUAUGUCAUAUCGCUUACUCUGAUGGCAGAAUCCAAAUGAAACCAGGUCAGAUAUUUUAAAUUGUACAUUGAUUCCAGUACACAGACGCCAAUAAUUGAUUUUACAGAAGCAUUACAAAAUUUUGAGCCAAAUUCUGUCAAUAUGAUUUAGUGAAACAUAUUUUUAGACUAAUUAACUGAUUACUGUAAAUCUUGAAAUUAACGCAAGCGUGAAUGAAAUGUGAAAAAUGGGAGGGGUCUUUGCUCACAUUAUUAAACAUUGCAUUUAUAUCAACAAUAAGACAUUUUGGAUAGCAGAAAUACCAACCUAGACAUACGCUGAAAACAAACAACUAUGUAUUCCACAUCACUGUUUAUUGAGCAGCACUUGUUACAAUUAUCUAAACAAUGCCAUGCAAACACUGAAUUGUCACUCAAGACAAGAGUUCUAUGUCAUCACUGAUCACACCUGACAGAUCAGUCCAGACAGACGCCACCCACACAGCACGGCGUCUUUGUUCUUUGCGACUGCAUCAAGGGCCGACACAAGCCAGCGCGCAUGUAUUGUUUUAGCGGAAGUACUCUACUCAGCGCUUAUAAGCGGUGCUAUUUGGUGUGUGAUUGGAUUAAUGUAAGGUUGGGUUAAGGUGAGGAUUCUCCUGUAAAUCUGACGGAGGAAGACAUAAAUCCAAUGAUACUUGAGGAGGGGGUGUCGCAUUUUUUGCUUGGGGCCAGCGGUCGCAUUCUUUUGGAGAUGCAUUUAUUUUGCGACUGACAGUAUUGACCCCUAAUACAGACAUCAUCAUAAUUAUUACAUAUACAAUAAACGAAUAAUCACUUGUUACAUAUUUUGAGUUGUUUGGGGAUAAAGUGCCAUACCCUCAAUGUAUUAAUGUUUACUUAUUUUAGAUCCCAGUAGUUCCUGGAACUUUAUUUUGAGGAUAUCAUCUCUGCUUGAUAUUGCAUUUAUAAUAUUUUCAUGUUCAAUUUUGAGUGUUGAAAUGCAAAUAUAUCUAGUCUACAACAGCUUAUCCAUGAAGUCAAGAUUAUUAAUGAAAGUUCCUCAUAUCUAGUGUAUUCUGAAACAGUAGCACCGCAAGUACUACGACCGUUGAGAUUGUUUUGUGAGAAUAAGCUAUAUCUCCUACUGCCCAGUAGUACCAUGUCAGUAGUCUUCAUCUACC